GAUCCGGGAAACAUCUGCUCGGACCUGCAUUGUGGCGCUGUCGCCGGGUACAAGCUAAUCUGGCUCCUCUUCCUCACGCAUCUUCUCGGCCUCUACGUGCAAACUCUCUCUGCGCGCAUCGGCAUAGUCACCGGGCAAAACCUCGCCCAACACUGCCGCAUACACUACCCACCACUAAUACGCAUCCCUCUCUGGCUGCUCUGCGAACUCGCCAUUAUUGGAUCCGACAUCCAAGAGGCUAUCGGCACCGCCAUCGCCCUCUACCUCCUCCUGGGAAUCCCCAUAUGGACCGGUAUUUUACUAGCUUCUGUCCUGAGUUACGUGAUCCUGGGUGUGCAGCAAUUUGGCGCCCGUAAGGUCGAGGCAUUGUUUGUCAUAAUGAUCGCCGUUAUGUGCGUGUGCUUUGGCAUCGAGGUGUUUAUGGCGAAGCCUGAUUUUAAGGAAAUUGCUUUGGGGUUUUUCUUCCCAAGAAUUCCGCAGAACGCCAUGGUCCAGGCUGUUGGUGUUGUCGGGGCAGUGAUCAUGCCGCAUAACCUGUUUCUGCACUCCGCCCUGGUUGGUACCCGCCAUACCAACACCAAGCAGCUGCCAUCCUCGGAGAGCGGCGAUCGCGCAAAGGUGAGCAGCAUACGCGAGGCUAACCUUUACGCCACCGUGGAGUCUGCCAUUGCGCUUCUGUUUUCCUUCAUCAUCAACGCGACCAUCCUCGUGGUGUUUGCUGAUAUUUACGGAUCUAGCGACAAGAACAACCUGCUGGGCCGUGUAAUGGAGGAGGGGGAGCGGCGUUUGCCGGGACUGAUCGAGGCCGCAGCACUGCUUGAGGGCGCAUUCGGGCAGAUCGGCCCUUUGCUCUGGGCCAUCGGGCUUCUAUCUUCCGGCCAAAGCUCCACGGCAACCGGCACAAUGGCCGGUCAAUACCUUAUGGAAGGCAUGAUGCAAUUACGGGUCAGCAACUGGUUGCGCAUGUUCAUUUCCCGGUCAGUCUCCCUUAUCCCCACUAUGCUCGUCGGUAUCCUGGCUAGGUCAUACUUGGAUCGCUUUGAUGAAUGGCUUAAUGUACUGCAGAGCUUGGCGUUGCCAUUUGCCCUGGUACCGACGUUGAAGUUGGCACAGAGUUCGAGGGUUAUGACGGAGGAGUUUUCUCUUAAAGGGUGGUGGAGAUACCUGGGCUGGGUGAUGGCUGCGGCGGUUAUUGCCUUGAAUGUUUAUUUGAUUUGCCCGUUGGUUCUGGAAAUGGCCCGGUGGGGGGCCGGCUUUAUGUGUGUGGCAUAUUUGGCUUUUGCCCUGUAUUUGGUAUUUAUCACAGUUUUAGUCUAUAGUGAUAUAAAGCUAGUAUGA